ACCACUCACUUACAUGGCGUGCUAUAAAUAUAUUUACCUGACCUAACUGGCAUAGCGGCAUGCUUGUUCAUACAACUGCCCUCAUUACUAUGUGUUUGUAAUCAAUAUUUUAUUUCGUUCAACGCGUAUAUAUUAAAUAUAAUUGACUGAAAUCAUUAUCUUUUACAAACUCAAAGUACCAUAUAUUCCUACUUCUGAAAUCUAUAAGCUCCCCCUUUUCUCACCAUCUUCUCUGUCUCUCUGGUUGAUAUUUUCUCUGUUGUUUUCCCUCUCUACCAAUGGCUGCCGCAGAGAGAGAAACCGCCGCCAUCGACAUCCCCACAGCACCGCAAGUAUCCGCCGACGGCGAUGGAACAGUACAAGCAUCACCGGGUGUUACGGGAUCACACACUCAGCAGAAACCGGGAGACCCGACUGGCGAGUCCGAAGCUCCUCCAUCUCCAAACAUCAAACACGGCAAGAAAAUCCCUCUUCUUCCCCUCGUCUUCAUCAUAUUCUACGAAGUCUCGGGAGGACCCUUUGGCGUGGAGGACACAGUCAACGCCGCUGGCCCACUUCUGGCCCUCAUCGGCUUCCUUAUAUUCCCACUCAUAUGGAGCGUCCCGGAGGCCCUAAUCACCGCCGAGAUGGGCACCAUGUUCCCCGAAAACGGUGGCUACGUGGUCUGGGUCUCCUCCGCCCUAGGCCCAUUUUGGGGAUUUCAGCAAGGCUGGAUGAAGUGGCUGGGUGGGGUCAUCGACAACGCCCUUUACCCCGUCCUAUUCCUCGACUACCUCAAAUCCGGAAUACCCGCCCUCGAAAGCGGCUGGCCCAGGGUCAUAUCCGUCAUUGCCCUAACCCUCCUCCUAACCUACAUGAACUACCGCGGCCUAACCGUAGUCGGCGCCGUCGCUAUUGCCCUCGGCGUAUUCUCCAUUCUACCCUUCCUCGUCAUGGGAUUCGUCUCCAUACCCAAAAUAAAACCGAGAAGAUGGCUAGCCGGAGACAUUCGCCACGUCGACUGGAAUCUGUACCUCAACACUCUCUUCUGGAACCUCAACUACUGGGACUCGGUCAGCACCAUAUCCGGCGAGGUCAAAAACCCAAAAACGACCCUCCCGAAGGCCCUGUUUUACGCCCUCGUCUUUGUCGUCCUUGCGUACUUAUUCCCACUGCUGACUGGGACGGGCGCCGUUCCCCUGCAGCGGGAGCUGUGGACCGACGGAUAUUUCGCUGAUGUGGCGGAGGCCAUCGCCGGCUCGUGGCUCGGGUGGUGGGUCCGGGCGGCGGCCGCCGCCGCCAACGUGGGCAUGUUCGUGACGGAGAUGAGCUCGGACUCGUUCCAGCUGCUCGGGAUGGCCGAGCGCGGGAUGAUCCCGGAGCUCUUCGCCAGGCGGUCGAGGCACGGGACCCCGACAGUCGGGAUCCUGUUGUCUGCCUCGGGUGUUUUCGUGCUGUCGUGGAUGAGUUUCGACGAUAUUGUGGCGGCGGAGAAUUUUUUGUAUUGUUUUGGGAUGGUGCUGGAGUUUGUGGCCUUUGUGCGGCUUCGGAUGGUGGCGCCGAGGGCACAGAGGCCGUACAGGGUGCCAGUGGGGACUGUGGGGGCUGCGCUCAUGUGUGUGGCUCCGACGGCGCUUAUAUGUGCUGUGCUUUACUUCUCGACGCUUAGGGUUUUUGCGGUGAGCGUGGCUGCGAUUGUGGUCGGGCUCGUUUUGCAGCCGUGUAUGAGGUAUAGUGAGAGGAAGGGGUGGGUUAGGUUCUCGACCAGCCGGGACCUUCCGGAUUUUCGGUUGAGGGAAGGUCGUUGAAAGCUUUGUUGAUUGUUCGUGCUUUAGGUUAGAUGAGUAUAACUUAUACAGAAAAUGUGUUCUUUUGCUUUUGCUUUUUUUUUUUCCUCAACAAAUCCGUUUUUUAAGUAGUUUGAACUUUGAAAUUGAAAGUAGUGAAAUUUCGAUUUUCCUUGCAAACAGAUACAUCAAAGUUGAUGUACAGAAUUUACAAAUUCAUAAAAAGAAAAGUCCAAUAAUCAGUGGGUUAUGGUUUUCUCCUUUUCUUUGUUCAUCUGGUGGAAGGUGUUCUGAUUCAUGCAGUUUCUUCUCUUAAAAGAGGCCAUGUAUUUUUGAAACAUUCAUCAACCGCAGGUUCUAACCGAACUCACUCAAC